AUGGUGACCCGCCGCCGAGCACACAACAAUCCCUCCUCCGGGAGCUCCGCCGCUACCGCCGCCGCCGCCGCCCCCGGUCCCGGCGGGACCAGCGGGGCGAGUGGUCUGACUACCGAGCAGCGAGCGGUGGCCGUUGCCCGGUGCAUGUCGCCGGGUGAAGGGUGUCGCUCGGAGCUCCGGUCGAGGGCGGUACUGGCGCUCGCGAACGCGGCCUCUUUUCCCUUCUCGGAGGGACUCCGCGAGCUGGUGCAGGAAGCGCUGUCGUGGGGUGGAGCGCUGGACGCAGAGCUGCGCCGCGCGGCUACGACGCUGAGCCUGUCCCAGAUCGUGCAGCGGUACCACGUGAAAGGGUUCAACCUCGUCGACGCCCCUCGUGCGACACGCCUGCUCAGGCAUGUGCUGGCGCAGGUCGCCCACGCGUACAGCCACCUCAGCGAGACCAACGUCUACGUGGAGUUCCUAGAGAACCUCGCCGGAUCGUACCCGGGGCGAGGCUCCGCCGACCCCGACGCAGCAGCCGCGAACGGUAACGACGGCGGCGGCGGCGGCGGCGGCGGCGGCAGUGGUAUCAUCUCCGAGAUCUCAGGAAAGGCGGGCCCAGGGCGCGGCCGUAGUUGUAGUGGUGGCAGCCUGACCACUGACUUGGCGGCGCAUCGGGUUCGGGUUGCGGGUGUGCUGCAUCGGCUGCCGGUGGGUGACGCCAGGCGCGUGGCGGAAGAAGUGCUCCUGUACCUCGUCCGCCUCCUCGAAGACCUUGAGCUCGACGCCGGCACCGCCGGUCUCAAGCCCGGGCAGCUGUGGGGAUGCAAGGCCAUCUCAGCGGCAGAGGAAAACGGCAUCGCUGCCGUUUUCGCCGCGGAGAACGCGGUGGUGGUUCUCGAGCCAGGGUCAGACGCCGAGGAGGCGGCGCUUGUUGCCUCGGCCGCGGCUGCGGUGGUGACCUUCCUGCGGGAGAUGCAGCAGCGGAGCGGCGGCGGCAGCGGCGGAAGCGGCGGCGCGGGUGGCUGGGAGAAGCUCGGGUGA